AUGUCAUACUUCAGCAGUGCGAACAACAACUCUGACCCAAAGGAAGCAUCGGCGAGUGAACUGGAUCUGUUUGAACCUCCAUCCACUUUUACAGCGGUACAAAAAAUAUAUUACGUGGACACUAGACCCACCUCGCAGAUCACCACUGACAGUAGCCCUGUGAAAUUUAAUAUCUCGGGCCAGGGAAUAGACUACAUCGAUCUCAAGAGAUCUAAACUGCACGUGAAGGCUAAAAUUGUUAAAGCAGAUGGGACCUCGUUAGAUAAAAACGAACAUGUGGCACCCGUCAACAACUGGCUCCACAGUCUGUGGUCUCAAAUAGAUGUGGUCCUGAACGAUGGCAUUAACGAAUCGGAUCCUGUGACGGGAAUCAAUUCGGGGCUCGCUGACCUUGGAGCCAUUGCGGCUGAAAGUAAACUAGUGGACAUGGAAGGCCCUCUGUAUGAAGAUAUUAUGAAUUCUCAACGUUACCUGCUGAACGGCGUUAAUCUGCAGAUCAAGCUGUAUCCAUCUUCCAGCCGGUUUAAUAUCAUGUCGGAUGUGUCGCAGGGCAAUUACAGAGUCAAGGUGGAAGACAUAUAUCUACGCCUCUGCAAAAUACGACCCAACACAUUGCUCAUUGCCAGUCAUGCUAAGACAUUGGAGUCCACCGCUGCCAAAUACCCUUUCACUCAGUCAGAUAUCAAAGUGGCCUCCAUUCCCAAAGGGCAGUUGAGCUUCACGUGGGAUCAGCUGUUUCAGAAUAAAUGCCCCAAUAAAGUGAUCGUGGCCUUGGUCUCGGCCGAAGCCAUGAAUGGAGAUUAUAAGAAGAAUCCUUACAAUUUCGAGAGGUUCGCUCUGUCCGCUAUAGCCCUGUACGUAGAUGGUGAAUCUUUGCCAUCGCAGCCUCUUCACGUCAGUGACAUGGAAUACAUCACGGCCUACAACAACCUAUUCGAGGGACGUCGAACACCACAGGGAUUGCCUAUUGGCAGAGAGGAUUUCAAUCGAGGAUAUGUCAUCUAUCAAUUCUGUCUGGAAUCCAACCCCAAGAAAGAAGGUGCCAAUCAGAUUGAUCUUAUAAAAAGAGGCAAUCUGCGCCUGGACCUUCAUUUCGCUAAAGCACUUCCCGAGACUGUCAACUGUUUGGUGUACUCUGAAGAUAACGUGCUACUAGAAGUGGACCAGGCUAGAAACAUUCUAUUUAAUACAGCAUGA